CUCUAUGAGAAAAACACUAGUAGGAGGAGAUUAUCUUGUUGUGACACAACAGGACAGUAUUUGAACCCACAGCACAGAGGGAUGCUCUGCACUCUGAGACAGUCUGCUUUACUCGUUCGGUUUCUCAAGCGGCUCUGAAAAUACCUCGGGUAAGUAGCAGUUUAUUUAUUUUCAUGCUUUAUCUUACCACAGAGAAUAUUUUUUCAAAACAUCAAUCAAGUUUUGGUUUCUCUUUUGUUCAUUAAAAACAAAUCAAUUCCUCUUCUCCCCAGACAUCAUGGAAGUGAAAACGGCCCCUAAAAAAAGAGUUUACAUCAGUAUGCCAAAUAAAUACUUUGCUGCUCUUGCACAAAAAUACGACCUGGCAAGUUAAUUUCUGAAAUUUGUAUGGAGCUUCACUGAUUUUUAUCAUAUUUCUGACUGAAGCUUCCUUAUGACAUGAUGCAAAUUCAUUUACCAGGACCACGGGCUGGUUAUAAAAGACCUGAACCCCUAUGUGAAUGAGGGAUAUGUCAGAGCUUACUUCAGAGAAUGGGGCACUGUAACAGCUUGUAAGGUAAGAGCUAAAAAAAUGCUUCAAUUGUGAAAAUAAAUCUGUAUAAAUAAAGACAAAAAACUUUAAGUUUUUUCUCAAAUCUUGACCCUAGAUAAGGAAAAGCCAAAGCUCAGGGGAAACUAAGGCGGUGGCAUAUGUGAGGUUUUCCGAAGAGGAUGAGGCAAACAGAGCAGAGUGGGCUGGUCCUCACUACAUUGGAGGGGAUGUGGAAGUGAGACGAGUCGUAAGUCCAAGGGUGAGUCUGUAUUCGGCUGGAGCAGUAUGAUUUUAAAAGUGUGACAUUUCUGUCUGUGUGAGUGUAACAAGACUGUGUUUCAGAUGGAGGAGGACGCAAAGGAGGAGGUCGCUGCUGUCAUCUCCAAUAAGCCUCGCCCUCGGCGUUCAAUGGGUUUGGGCUACAUACUGGAAGAUGCUCAGUGGUUAGAUGAAGCAGCAGAAGAAGAAUAAGCAGUCUCAGUGAUUGGGUUUACAUCAUUUUAAAUCACAACUGUAUGUAUAUGAGAAUUACACAACGGACCACAAUUUGUUGCAGUCAGGAGGAAACUAAGACUGAAAACAAGAGUAUAAAUGACUGAGCAGUAAAGAUUUUAAUAUCCUAUUCUAUAUGAAUAUGCAGAUGAUCAGGCAUACUUAUUGAGUUUUAUUAUGCUGAGCUAGGUCUUGUGAAAAUGACUUGUUUCCUUUAGAUUGGUAUUUAUUUUUAUUUGCAAAUGAAAACUCAAGAGACUUCGUUGUAUAUACCAAAUUAAAUAAAACAAAUACAAAAGUG